AAAAAAUAUAAGGAAAGAUUAGUGUAUUCGGAUAGGAAUCGGGGAUAGUGAACAACACCUUUUGGUUAAAGCAAAUUAGCAAAUUCAGGGUUCAUUUUUACGCAUUUAAACGUUAUUGAGGGCAUAAUAGUAUAAUGACCACAAUAACUUAAACUAUUGCCGAACAAUUGCGCGUAUGAUAGUUUAAAGUAGAUAUAUCAUCAAAACGGUGUCGCUCUUUUUCUAUCUGAGACCAGUCUCACUUAUUUAAUUUUUAAAUUCCACGAAUGUCCCAGUUUAUUUAGUGGAUGUCCCAGUUUUAAAUGUAAGGACCAAAUAUUUGCGUAAGACAGUUACAGGAAAAAGAAAUAUGGACCAAAAGUAGGAAAUAGUACUAAAGAGAUUCAUCAAGUACGUACAACAUAUUUGGUGCUGUUUCCCCACUCAUGGAGUCCCCCAGUCAGUCAAAUGUCUUGAAAGCAAGUCCUUCGUUAGAUAUGAAAAAAAUCUCAAGUAAUUCUCAAGACAAUGUUGACAAUGAGAACGGAGUACUGCCUGAUGUUGUUGCAACAAAGAUUUUUAAACAAGAGGAGCAGUUUGAGGAGAGUUAUUUGUCUACAGCGGUACAAGUUUUUAUUCCGUUUUUGAUUGCUGGAUUUGGGAUGGUAUUUGCUGGUUUGGUAUUGGACAAAAUUCAGCAUUGGACAGUAUUUGAACAAAUUACAGAAUUAGUAAUCUUGAUUCCUGCACUUCUUGGUCUAAAAGGCAAUUUGGAAAUGACUUUAGCAUCAAGAUUGUCUACACAAGCCAACUUAGGUCAUAUGGAUACAACUAAACAAAAAAUAAGUAUUAUUGUUAGAAGUUUAACGUUGAUACAGUGUCAAGCCAUAGUCGUGGGGUUUCUGGGUGCUCUGGUGGCAGUUGUAAUGGGUGGCAUCAAAAGCAACGAUGUCGAAUUAGACCACGUAUAUCUUUUAUGUGCCAGUAGUCUAGUAACAGUUUCGAUAGCUAGUUUUUUAUUGGGACUUAUUACAGCUGGAGUAAUAGUGCUAUCCAGAUAUUGUCAUAUCAAUCCCGAUAAUGUAGCUACGCCUAUAGCAGCCAGUUUGGGAGACAUUACUUCGCUAGCGUUAUUGUCAUGGGUUGCAACCAUGUUAUAUGAAUCAAUAGGACAACAAGAUUGGUUAGCCCCAUCUAUAAUAGCAGCAUAUUUACUAGCGAUUCCUUUGUGGGUAUGGAUUGCUAAAAGGAACUACCAAACUCGAGAUGUUCUGUAUUACGGUUGGACGCCAGUAAUAGCAGCCAUGGUAAUAAGUUCCAUUGGAGGUUUAAUUCUGGACUUUAUGGUUUCUAGAUUUGAGGGUAUUGCAGUGUUCCAACCAGUGAUAAACGGUGUUGGAGGUAAUCUAGUUGCCGUACAGGCAAGCAGAAUUUCAACAGCUCUUCAUAAACAAGCUGAACUUGGUAUACAAUCAUCAGAAAAUAAUACAGACAAGGAGAUGGUUAUUUUCAUUUCGCCCUUAACCUGCUUUUGUGGAAAAGAUAUGCACUCCAGAACAACCAGGGUCCUUAUGGCAAUGGUAAUACCGGGUCAUUUAAUUUUCAUCUACCUCAUAGAUUACAUUAAAAGUGGAGACACUUCUCUUCGGUCCUGGUUUAUAGUAGUGUAUUUAUGCGCAGCUGUGACCCAAGUAGCAACCCUACAGUAUAUAGCAUACAUUAUGAUUCACUGGAUGUGGAAUAAAAAAAUAGAUCCUGACAAUUCUGCAAUUCCGUACUUAACGUCUAUUGGGAUCUUCUAGGAAUAUCUUUACUAGCAUUUGCCUUUCAGUUUUUGAAUCUGAUCUCAGAUCCUAACACUGAGGUCCACGAAAGUUGAUUAGUUUGUUGUUACUAUUUAUGAUUCUUCAAAACACUUAUAAUUCUAAACCUAACUAUAUAUAUGUUGUAAUAGGUGAAUACCAUUAAAGAUUAUAUUACAGAAUAAAAUUAAAAAUGAAAUUUCAUCGCUUUGUUAAUUAUAUACUUUAUUUUCAC